UCUAAAACCAGUUGAGCCGUGGUAGAUCAACAAAAAAGUCUCAUUAUCUUCCCCUUAAACAAUAAAAACCACCGUGAUCAUUUAUUUUUGCCAAUAUCAUAAGCAUGCAUAUAUUGUAAAUAAAAACAAAUGCUGGGGUGGUGCGGCUGUGGUUGUACCCAGUGAAGCAUGUCCACAGAGUGCAGACGGUGACCGCCUAGUUUGGUACAAAACAACUUCAAAUACGGCCGCUAUAAAUCAAAUGAUUGGAAACCUUUGUGUCGGUUCUAUGAGGUGCAAAUUUAACGGACAUGCUAAUGAGAAAAAAUAUGCACUAAAAGAGUCCUUGACGCGGUUGGUGAAGGGAUCACUUCUUCAAUUUUCCAUCGAAGCAUAGGAAAAUCCCCAUCCGUAAUCGAUAAGGUCGAUGGUUUGAAUUGUUGGUAUAAAACGACAAGUUCGUCGCUGUUUAGGAUAUCAGUUUAGUGUGUUCAGUUCUAGGUAGAACAUCGGCUACAACUUUAAGUGUAACAAAAUGAUCAAGAGUUGUAUGGUGGCUAUUGCCCUGUUGGGCGCUGCUAUGGCUUUCGAAGAACAUGGCUUCGUCAGCGAAGUGAAACAUAUCCCAUACAAGUGGUACGGUGGCGGUAUGCAGGGAGGAAUGAGUGGCGGCGGCAUGGAAAUGGGUGGUGGACUGGAAGGUGGUGAGGACUACUAUUCGUAUCCGAAGUACAAGUACGAAUAUGGAGUCAAGGACAUCCAUACCGGAGAUCACAAGAGCCAGUGGGAGAUGCGCGAUGGAGAUGUCGUCAAGGGAGAAUACACCUUGGAUGAGGCUGAUGGAAGCAAACGUAUCGUUGAGUACUACGCUGAUGGAAAGAAUGGUUUCGAAGCUAAGGUGAAGAACAUCGGCGGAGGAGGUAUGGGAGGUGGAAUGGGCGGUGGAAUGGGAGGAGGUAUGGGAGGAUUCGAAGGUGGCUACCACGGAAUGGGAUACAGUUACAGCAAGCUGAAGAAGUACAACUAAACGCAUUAAGACUGAUCAUCGUAUGGCGGAAAAUGGAUGCUGAAUAAAGUAUUAACAAAGCAUAUAGAAAGGAAUGAAUAGAUAAUUUAAUAUGUUUCCUGUAAUAGUGUAAUCGCUAUCACUUCACAGAUGGUCGAGAAGGACUUACUGUCACAUUCAGUUAUAAUGUGACCCGUGAUCAAAUCUUGUCUGCUUUUUCCUUAUUAGUAUUUCUUUCACAAUUCGUUGUUUUAAACAUAUAGACGUGACGCGACAAUCAAACUGUCUUCUUUCUGAUUCAUUUAUUCGACUAUAAGCCAUCCCAGCUGUUUUAAACUCAUCCCACCCAAUUAUCGCGAUUAAACCCCAUUACUUCACAACAAACGGUAAUCUUCUGUAAAAUCGCUAUUUCACCCCUAACAGCACCGACAUCGUCGUCGACGACGACACCAAAAUUGCACCAAAGCGAUAGAUAAGCAAGUGAAGAUUACUCGGGUUCACCCGUUUUCCGUGGGACCGUUUUCUUAAUUUCUUUCUUGGCACAUUGGACAAGAAACACAGAGAUAGGAAACAGCCUUCCGAGGCCAAGCAGAAGAACUCAGAACCUAUAUACGAUACGCGCACGCGAUCGUGUGUGUCAAGUGACAAUUUUCACAUGACGCGGCAUCUCUGAAUUAGCGGCACUGUUACGCCGCGCGCCGCCAAGUGUAUACCUACGACGAAGCCAAAGAGGGGCGUCAGAUAUGUGAUAACGAAAUUCCGCUGAUUAAAUCACUGUGCCUUUUGUUGUGCAUGCUGGUUGGUGUGGAUUGGGUGCGGGUAGAGGGCGCUCAGGAAAGGGGGCGUCAUAUGGCGUUUUUCUUUCACUUGCUUCUUCUUGUAUGGUAACCGGAGAAGACCGUGGCGGUGAGAGGCAGUUGGGAGAAGAAUAGUCG